AUGUGUGGCGCACAUAUACCCUGGCUGUCCCCCAACCUGGAGGUAGGCAUUAUCAUCUCCAGGUCCAGCAAAGAAGUGACUCAGGACAAGGGAAUUCAGGGCAGUGUCCUGCUCCUGACCAUCUGUGCGGCUGGCAUUGGUGGGACUUUUCAAUUUGGCUACAACCUCUCCAUCAUCAGUGCCCCGAUGUUGCCCAUCCAGGAAUUCAUCAAUGAGACAUGGCAGGUGCGUACUGGCCAGCCACUGCCCGACCACCUAGUUCUGCUUGUGUGGUCCCUCAUCGUGUCUCUGUACCCCCUGGGGGGCCUCUUUGGAGCACUGCUUGCUGGGCCCCUGGCCAUCAUAUUGGGAAGGAAGAAGUCCCUCCUGUUGAAUAAUAUCUUUGUGGUGGCCACAGUGACCCUGUUUGGCUUCAGCCACAGACCAGGCUCCUUUGAGAUGGUCAUGCUGGGAAGGCUGCUCUUGGGAGUCAGUGCAGGUGUGAGCAUGAAUGUCCAGCCCAUGUACCUAGGGGAAAGCGCCCCCAAGGAGCUCCGAGGAGCUGUGGCCAUGACCUCAGUCAUCUUCACUGCCCUAGGGAUUGUGAUAGGCCAGGUGGUUGGACUCAGGGAACUCCUGGGGGACCCACAGGCCUGGCACCUGCUGCUGGCCAGCUGCCUGGUGCCUGGGGUGCUCCAGCUUGCCUUCCUCCCUCUGCUCCCUGAGAGCCCGCGCUACCUCCUCAUUGACCGUGGAGACAUGGAGGCCUGCCUGGCAGCGCUGCAGCGGCUGCGGGGCACCACGGAGGUGGCGGAGGAGUUGGCUGAGCUGGAAGAGGAGCGUAUCUUCUGCCAGGGCCGGCGCGCCCUGCGCCCAUGGGAGUUGUUCCAGGAUCGCGGGCUGCGGAGACAGGUGACAAGCCUCAUGGUCCUGGGCAGUGCCUUGGAGCUUUGCGGAACCAACUCGGUGUACGCCUACGCCUCCUCCGUGUUCCGGCAGGCCGGGAUCCCCGAGGGGAAAGUCCAGUAUGCUAUCGUGGGGACUGGGAGCUGCGAGCUGCUCGUGGCCUGCGUCAGUGUGAGUUUAUCUGAGUUUGUCGUGGGCUCAGGGGUUGACCCUCCACCAGCCCUGUGGGGGUGGGGGUGCAUCGGGUGGUUGUGGCUUGGGGCAGCCUGGUCUCCACCUCACUCCACCCCCUCUGCCCCUUUGCUGCAGAGCCCCCUCCCCUGGAUGCCCUACCUGACCAUGUUCUGCGUCUUUGCCCUCAUCCUCAGCUUUGGCCUUGGCCCUGCCGGAGUGACAGGGAUUCUGGCCAUGGAGCUCUUUGACCAGAAGGCCCAGCCUGCUGCCUCUAUGGUCUGCCGGGUGCUCAUGUGGACCAUGCUCUUCCUGGUCGGGCUGGGGUUUCCCUUCAUCAUGGAGGGCUUGUCCCACUUUCUUUAUGUGCCUUUCCUGGGUGUUUGUGUCUGUGGGACCAUCUGUACUGGCUUCUUCCUUCCCAAGACCAAAGGCAAGACCUUCCUGGAGAUCUCUGAGGAACUUCACAGACUCAACUUCCCUAGGCAGAGCCAGGGCCCUGAGUGGCUGGGCCCGGAAGUCAUCCAGGCCACAGAGCUGUAGUUCUGUAGGUGUGGUGGGCCCCAGAUCCAGCGGCAGCUCUCUUCUUUGCUUCCUGCCCAGGGUCCCAGCCCUCUGCGUUCCCUCCUUCCUGCAUUCAUUUGUUUAAUGAGUGCCCAUGUAGCACCUACUGCAUGCAGGCUUGGUGCUAGGUGCUUAGCAAUCCGUGGUGAGCCAGAGAGAUGGGAUCAGGACCUACUGGUGCUCCCCAUCUAGAGGCAGUUAACUAACAGGCAACCAAUCAAAACAUUAUUGCAAACUUGGAGAAAUGCAGUAGGAGAAAAUACAGAUUAUGAAGUGAGUGCAUACUAGGGAGCCUGGCCUAUCUGAGGAGGGUGGUCAGAAAAGAAUUUUCUGGGGGUACUUGGCUGACUUGGUCAGUAGAGCAUGCAAUUCUUAAUCUUGGGGUUGGAAGUUUGAGCCCCAU